AUGACCCCCAGCGUGGCAACAACAACAACAACAAAGAAAUGCCCCCCAGCGUGGCAACAACAACAACAAAGAAAUUACCCCCAGCGUGGCAACGACAACAACAACAAAGAAAUGACACCCAGCAUGGCAACAACAACAACAACAAAGAAAUUACCCCCAGUAUGGCAACAACAACAAAGAAAUGCCCCCCAGCAUGGCAACAACAACAGCAACAACAACAACAACAAAGAAAUGACCCCCAGCAUGGCAACAACAACAGCAACAACAACAACAACAAGAAAUGACCCCCUGCAUGGCAACAACAACAACAACAAAGAAAUGACCCCCAGCAUGGCAACAGCAACAGCAACAACAACAACAACAAGAAAUGACCCCCAGCAUGGCAACAACAACAGCAACAACAACAACAACAACAAAGAAAUGACCCCCAGCAUGGCAACAACAACAGCAACAACAACAACAACAAGAAAUGACCACCAGCAUGGCAACAACAACAGCAACAACAACAACAACAACAAAGAAAUGACCCCCAGCAUGGCAACAGCAACAGCAACAACAACAACAACAAGAAAUGACCCCCAGCAUGGCAACAACAACAGCAACAACAACAGCAACAACAACAAAGAAAUGACCCCCAGCAUGGCAACAACAACAGCAACAACAACAGCAACAACAACAAGAAAUGACCACCAGCAUGGCAACAACAACAGCAACAACAACAACAACAACAACAAAGAAAUGACCCACAGCGUGGCAACAACAACAACAACAAAGAAAUGCCCCCCAGCGUGGCAACAACAACAACAAAGAAAUGACCCACAGCGUGGCAACAACAACAACAACAAAGAAAUGACCCCCAGCAUGGCAACGACAACAACAACAAAGAAAUUACCCCCAGCGUGGCAACGACAACAACAACAAAGAAAUGACCCCCAGCGUGGCAACAACAACAACAACAAAGAAAUUACCCCCAGCGUGGCAACAACAACAACAACAAAGAAAUGA